CCGCGCUCCUGCUUUUGUGAUACAGCUCAAGAAAAGUUUGUCCCACCAGAGUCGCCAAAAAAAAGAGAAAGUGUCCAAACACAGGAAACUUCUACUGAAGCAACAGAUCUACUGAAAGAUGGCUUUUAUUAAAGAGGAGAGUGAAGAUGUGAAGAUUGAAGAAACAUUCAGAGUCAAACAAGAAGAUACUGAGAAACAAACAAAGAUGAUGUUUAUUAAAGAGGAGAGUAAAGAUAUGAAGACUGAAGAAACAUUCAGAGUCAAACAAGAAGACACUGAGGAACAAACAGACCUGAUGGCACUGAAAGAAGAGAGUAAAAACCUGAAUGAAAAAGAGAAAAAUCUGAGUGAUGAGAAGCAUCAGGAUUUCAUAACUGAAGAAAAAUCUUUCAGUUGCACACAGUCAAAAACGAUUUCCAUUCGAAAAAAAGCUCAGAAAACAGGAUCUGGGAAGUUGACCUGCAAACAGUGUGGAAAAAGUUUCAUUCGAAAAGCAUAUCUUAAAGCACAUGAAAUCAUUCACACUGGAGAAAAGCCUUUCACCUGCCCUCAGUGUGGUAAGGGUUUUUCACAAAGAUCAGCAUUGUAUCCCCACAUGAGGAGUCACACUGGAAAGAAGCCUUUCACAUGCCAGCAAUGUGGACAAAGCUUCACUGAAAGAGGAAGCCUUCAGGGUCACAUGAGAACUCACACUGGAGAAAAGCCUUUCACCUGCCCUCAGUGUGGUAAGGGUUUUUCACAAAGAGCAGCAUUGUAUCCCCACAUGAGAACUCACACUGGAGAAAAGCCUUUCACAUGCCAGCAAUGUGGACAAAGCUUCACUGAAAGAGGACACCUUCAGGUUCACAUGAGACUUCACACUGGAGAAAAGCCUUUCACCUGCCAACAGUGUGGAAAAGGUUUCAGUCAAAAUGAAACCCUUAAAACCCACAUGAGCGUUCACACUAAAGAAAAGCCUUUCACCUGCCAACAGUGUGGGAAAGGUUAUACUCAAAGGAAUAACCUUCGAAUCCACAUGAGAAUUCAUUCUGGAGAGAAGCCUUUCACCUGCCAACAGUGUGGAAAAAGUUUCACUGUAAAAGAAUAUCUUAAAAUACAUGAAAGAGUUCACACUGAAGAGAAGCCUUACAUAUGCUCUCAGUGUGGUAAGGGUUUUUCACAUAGAUCAGCAUUGUAUACCCACAUGAGAAUUCACACUGGAGAGAAGCCUUUCACAUGCCAGCAAUGUGGACAAAGUUUUACUUAUAGAAGAAUCUUUAAGGAUCACCUGAGAAUUCACACUGGAGGGAAGAAGCCUUUCAAAUGCCAACAGUGUGGAAAAGGUUUCUCUCAAGAGAGCUACAUUAAAUACCACAUGAGAGUUCACACUAGAUAGAAGAGCCUUCUCAGCUGCCACCAAUGUGAGAGAAGUUACAGUCCACAUGAAAACUCACAAUAGAGAGAAUGUGUUCACAUGCCAGCAGUGUGGAAAAACGUUCUUUCAAAAAUCUAAUCUUAAAAGCCAUAUGAAAGUUCACACCGAAGAAAAACCUUUCAUCUGCAAUCAAUGUGGAAAAAGUUUUAACCGUAGUUCAGAAAUUCAUCAACACAGGCGUAUUCACACUGGAGAGAAGCUUCACACCUGUCAACAGUGUGGAAAGAGUUUCAUUGAUAAAGGAAGCCUUACAGUUCAC